AAUUAAAUCUAAAAAAGUGACGUCAAAUUAUUUGACGUUGAAAUUAUAAAAACAUGAUGGACUAUAAAAAAGUAUGAUCUCCGUCUCUAAAUAUAAGAUUCCGUUGAUUAAUUAUGGAUAUUAAAAAAAAUUAGUAGUAGUAAUAAAUUUAUUGAUAGUGAGUGUUAUUUUUACAAUUUUUUUUUUAGGCACAAUUUUAUUCUUUAAGAGAGAGGAUUUCUUUGUUUUAUCAAGAUAUUUAUUAUAAGGUGUUAAAAGAGUAUAGUAGUUAGUUAAUCAACUAUAGUCAGUUGAUAGGUUACCAAGUUGGUUAGGAGAUUAGAAAGUUAGUUACUUCAAAUAGGUUCUAUAAAUAAGCUACUCCAUUGUACAUUUUAAUCAUUCUUUUAUCAAUUUAUAUUCAUUCAAUAUGAAUUCCUAUGGAUAUUUUCCUCAUGAAUACUCUUAUGCACUCUAUCUUGCCGACAUUUAUGAUCUUUAUCCCUUCGAUUUCAUGAUUGAUAACAUAAGGUGUAGAUAAAAAGGUAGAAUAAUUAGGGGUAUAUUUGGUAAAUAAGUAAUUAAUGUGGUUGAAAAUUCAAAGAGAGUUAUAAAAAAUGAUAAUUUUUUUUCUUUCUAAAGGGUGUUAUAGUUAGGGACGGAGGUAGUAUAAUAUAUUGAUAUAAACUAGAUAAAUAUUUAUCUUAUAAAGUGUUUGAUGAACACAAAAUAAGAAACAUGAUAAUAUUAUUUCAUCAUAUCAUACUUUUAGUACACCACCGCAUAAUAACAUAAUAUAUAGUAUUAUUUUAGUACAUAUCAGACUUUAAUUUUAAGUCAGUUCUACAUGUCUACAUUAUUUUUUUGGUUAUACACUUUUCUUAAUUUCUUCUAUAGGAAUGAUGCUCUACUUGUUAAGGAAAUAGUUAAGUAUGUGUUGACAAGGUUGGAUCAUGUGCAACAAGUUAACUCAAAAGGACUUGUUGGAAUUGGCAAACAAAUUUCUCAUGUGGAAUCAUUGUUACAGACAGAGUCAAAUCAUGUUCGUGCCAUUGGAAUUUGGGGGAUGAGUGGUAUAGGUAAAACAACUAUUGCAGAACAAGUAUACAGCAGAUUAUGUUCUGAAUAUGAAUCUUGUUACUUUAAGGCUAAUGUAAGAGAAGAAUGGGGAAGAUAUGGAGAUAUGUAUUUAAAGAAAGAUAUUUUUUCAACUCUAUUAGGGGACCAAGAAUUGAAAAUUGACACACCACAUGGAUUGCCAGGUUUUGUUGAGAGGAGGCUUCGUCGUAUGAAGGUUCUCGUUGUUCUUGACGAUGUCAAUGAUCCACAGCAACUAGAAAUUUUAAUUGGAAGACUAGAUUGGUUUGGAAAUGGUAGUAGAAUCAUCAUAACAACAAGAGAUAAACAAGUACUUGCCAAAAGGGUUGUUGAGAAUGAUAUAUAUGAGGUAAGAGCAUUGGAAUUUGAUGACUCUUUUAGGCUUUUCAUUUUGAAUGCCUUUGAACAAAACCAUAUUGAAAAAGAGUACUUUGAGUUGUCGAAAAAGAUGGUCAAUUAUGCUAAAGGAAAUCCAUUAAUUGUUGAAGUUUUGGGUCGUCAUCUUCGCGGAAAAGACAAAACAAUAUGGGAAAGCCAGUUGCAGAGGCUUACAAAAGUACCAAUUAAGAGAGUCCAAGAUGCUGUUAGAUUGAGUUAUACUGACCUUGAUCGUCAUGAGAAGAAGAUACUUUUGGACAUUGCAUGUUUUUUUGAUGGAUUGCAUCUAAAAGUUGACCAAAUAAAACUGUUAGUGAAAGAUCAUGGUUAUUCGGUAGAUGUUGAGUUGGAAAGCCUUAAAAAUAAAGCUCUCAUAACUAUUUCUCAAGAUAAUGUUGUAUCCAUGCAUAGCAUUAUACAAGAAACGGCUGAGGAAAUUGUUCGGGAAGAAUCCAUUGAUGACCCUGGAAAGCAAAGUCGGCUACUAGAUCCUGAUGAUAUUUAUCAAGUACUGAAAAAUAACAAGGGUAGUGAGGCUAUUAGAAGCAUAGCUAUCAACUUGUCGAAAAUGAAGGAGGUGCAGUUAAAUUCAAAGGUGUUUGCUAAAAUGAAGAAACUACAAUAUCUGGAUAUUUAUGGUAAGGGGUCCUCUUGUGAUAUUCUCCAGAGUCGAGGUGUCUUGUAUCUUCCUCAAGGGCUUGAAUCUUUGCCAAAUGAACUCAGAUACCUUCGGUGGGCACAUUUCCCUUUGGAGUCCUUACCAUCCAAUUUUUCUGGAGAAAAACUAGUUCUAUUGGACUUGCAAGACAGCCAAGUGAGAAAACUUUGGCAUGAAGAUCAUAAGGAUCUAGUUAAUUUAAAAUAUCUUAAGCUUCGUUCAUCCUCGCACCUGGUGGAGCUUCCAGACUUAUCAUCUGCUACAAAUCUUGAAGUAAUCGAUCUUCGUCUAUGUGGGUUGACUAGUGUACAUCCAUCUGUCUUUACUCUAAAUAAGCUUAUGAAAUUAGACCUAGGUGGAUGCAUUUCCCUCAUAAGCUUUCGAAGCAAUAUCCAUUUAAGCUCCCUUCGUUAUCUGUCCCUCGCUAGUUGCAUUUCACUGAAGGAUUUUUCAGUAACCUCAAAGGAAAUGGUAAAGUUGAAUUUAGAAUUCACAGGUAUCAAACAAUUACCAUCAUCAAUUGGACUUCAAACCAAACUUGAAAAGUUGCUUCUUGGACACAGUUACAUUGGGAACUUGCCCGAAAGCAUCAAACUUCUUACAAGUCUGAGACAUCUAGGCUUAGAAGAUUGUAGGAAGCUUCAAAGUCUUCCUGAGCUACCUUCAUCAUUGAUAGCUCUAGAUGUCAGUGGCUGUCUAUCAUUGGAGAAUGUAACUUUUCCUUCAACUGCAAUUCAAAUGUUAAAGGAAAACAAGACGAGGGUUGCCUUCUGGAAUUGCCUGAAACUGAAUGAACAUUCUCUCAAGGAAAUUGAGCUAAAUGCACAAAUUAACAUGAUGAAAUUUGCACAUCAGCAUAUAUCCAUGUCUCGUAGUCACCCUUAUGAUGCUAAAGGCACGUACGUGUUCCCGGGAAGCAGUGUUCCAAAAUGGUUGGUGUAUAGAACAACACAUGAUUACAUGACUAUUGAUCUCUCUUUUGCCAACCAUUCCUCUCAAUUGGGCUUCAUAUUUUGCUUCGUUGUUCCACCGGUUCCAUCACAGGGUUUCAUUUUGAGAUUUAAUAUUAGUGUUGAUGGUGAUGAUAGUCAAUUGCACUUAGAUAGGCCAAGUCAUGAAAUUAAAUCAGAUCAUGUGUAUUUAGUAUAUGACCGAGGUUUUUCUCGCUAUCUCAAUAGCCGAGUCGAAGAUCAGCCAAAGUUCAAAAUUAAGAUUACAGCAGAAUCACGCAGACUAACAUCAGAGUAUGUGUCAUUAAUGAUGUUGAGAGGGUUUGGGGUCAGUCCUAUAAACACCUCACAAUAUCUAAAUUUCAUUCAACAAAUGGAAAUGGCUGAAGGUCCAAGUAUCCCAACUUCAUUAUGGAGUGUUGUUAACAGUCUUUUAGUAGUACUUAUUUGUAUAGUAUUAUUCCUAUGGUUUGUUUAAUGAUGACUUUGCCUUACCAAUAAUAAAUAAUAAUACUCAUGUUCUGUAUAGUAAAUUUAAUCUUGAGCUCAUUUUCUUUUA